AUGCCACCAGAGGCUCACCCAGGAGUGUCAACGCUGCCAUGCGCCCAUAGGGGCCCUCCCAACGGUGGUAACGUACCCAUGGUCUCUCUCAGGGACAGUUGUGUCCACAGGGGCCCUCCCAGAGGCCCUCCUAGGGGCAGUGGCGUCCCAAAGGGACCUUUCUGGUACCCUACAGUUACAGUGCCCCCUGGGACCCUCCUAUUUGACCUACCAAGUGCGUUGCCCCCAGGGGCUCACACAGGUGUGUCGGCGCUGCCAGGUGCCCCAAGGGGCCCUCCCAACGGUGGUGGCAUACCCAUGGGAUCUCCCAGGGACGGUUGCACCCACAGGGACCCUCCCAGAGGCCCUCCUAGGGGCAGCGGCGUCCCAAGGGGAAUCUUUAUGGUAGGUGGCGCCCCCAGAGGAUCUUCUUAG